UCUAUAUGAAGUGUUGGGAUUCAUUCAUUAGUUCCAAAAUAUAUGUAAAUUAUGUUAAUAAAGACGAAUCUGAUAUUAGCAAAGAAAUUAUAACAUUUUCUCUUAUAAACUGUCAAAUCGAGUCAAUAAAUAGCAAUGUUAUUAACAAAUGGACAGUGGUUUUCACAAACACUACCUCAGCUCUGGUCCAUUGACUUAAGCUAUAAUCAGAUCACUAAUAUUGAAGAAGACUUUUUCACGGGAAUGCCUUCUCUCACAAAACUAAGACUCGACAGCAAUUCAUUGAAAACUUUAAACUACAAGUGUUUUGUCAAUGUUUGGCAUCAAUUGCACGAACUAUGGGUCGACAACAAUCAAAUGAAAUGUGAUCCAAGUCUGCAAUGGAUUCCAGAGGUAAUGCAUCCGACAUUUUUUGAUGACGGCGUCUGUUAUAGUGAACACCCAUACAAUGGCACCCGAUUUUUCUAUGAACUUCAAAGUGGAGAUUCAGACAUCACACCAACCCUACUAUCCAAACAAUGA